AUGCGAGAGGGUUAUCGCUCCUGGGUGAUCCGUCAAGGCAGCGGCGAGAUCGUCCCGUGGCGUCAGCCCUCGGAGGAGGUGGAUGCCAGGAACUACCUGCCCUGCCCGCUCUGCCUCGGCUUCUUCCUCCGGGCCGACCUCUGGAAGCAUCAGGUGUGCUGUCGUAAGAAGCUGUCCGCCGACCCCUCCCAUCAUCCCGCCUCCAAGAAAGAGCCGGCCCACGCCACUUAUGACCCCGCAGGUGAGGCUGCGUGUGACCCGGCGGCCGACCGGGCCACAAAGGAGACGCCCGCAGACCCCGCCGGAGACACGACACGACCCUGCAGCGUGGACCAGAACCAAACCUCUGACUCCGCCGUGUACCGCACCAGGAAGCGGAUCCGAGUCCAGGCAGCAGCGUCCCGCCUCCUGCCCAUCUCCAGCGGCGCCUCGGAGAGCUGCAGUGAAAUCUUGCACCGCAUGAACCAGGACAACGUGUCUUAUGAGGUCAAAUCUGAUUGGCUGAUAUGUAAAUACGGAAACAAGCUGAUGGGGAACCAGGACAACAGCCAGAGGAGGUACGACUACGUCAGCCAGAAGCUCAGGGAGCUCGGCAGGUUGCUCCUGGCCGCCAAGUCUCUGGACUCCGACAUCCAAACCCUUCACGACCUCCUGGCUCCAGGCCGCCUGAGCUUCGCGCUGUCUGCCGCCAGAAAAGCAGCAGGGUAUCGGUGGAGCCGCCCUCCCAUGGCUUUGAAGACCACGCUGAAGACAAUCUGCGAGAUUGCCAUGGCAGAGAGUCUGCAGCAAGGAGACUGGGAAGCAGCAGCCAAGACCACCGACUUCUACCACCUGCUGGGGAGGCAGUGGGACAAUCUGGGGCUGCAGAACCCUGAUCAUGACCCAGAAACAGCUGCUCCAGAUGGAGGACCUCAACUGAAGAAGCAGCUGGUCCAGUCCGGAAAUGAGAAGAACCCAGUACCAGAUGUUCUGUCCAAGGAUGGUGACAGACAGCUGAGCUCUCUCGCUGAGUUCCCUCCUCCAGAGUCCAGACUGCAGACUCCUGUCCCAGUUCCCAUGGGUCCCAGGAAAGUCCGCCGGCGCCCUUGGUCCACCACAGAGAAGGAGGCCAUAUGGAGACAGCUGGGAGUCCACGUGCUGGUCCAGUCAGUACCGGGGAAGGAGGUCUGUCAGCGCUGUCUCGACCUGGAGCCGGUUCUCAGAGGACGACACUGGAAAGACAUUAAGAACCAGAUCCAUAACCAGAUCCAGAGUCAAAAGAAGCAGCAGUUCCAUGCCCAGAUGGACCUAGAGGAGAACCAGGAACUCCAAGACCAAAUUCACAACCAAAGGAAGCAGCAGCUGUGCCAGGCUCCGAUGGACCAGCUGAAAAAGGAUCUGAUGGUUGAGCAGGACCAGGACAAUCCUCAGAACCAGAAGAGACCACAGUACCUCCUCCAGAUCAACCACCAGGCCCACAACAGUAUUCAGAACCAGAAGAAACAGGAUGACCACAGCCAGCUAGACCACCAGCACCACCUGAACAUCCACAAGAAGCAGCUGUGCCACGCCAGACCGGACGGCCAGGACCAGAGUCAAGACCACAAGAAGCAGCUGUACCAAAUGGACCAGCAGACCCAGCCUCUGCACGCCCUGGACCAGGACUCCUCCAUACUUGCAGCCUCACUUUACGGACCUGACGGGCCACUGCGAGGUCCAGGACACGUGCUGCCGGAGCGGGAACCUGGCAUCACUCCGUACCCGCUCCUGCCCCGAGGCUCCGGGCCCCAGAUGGCCCAGUUGUUAACCAGAACUGAAUGGACUGAAGAUGCUCUGGUCCAGAACUACCCCGUUAACAGGACACUGGGUCAGAACCUGCUCUUGGAUGUACUGCCACGAGGACCGCCUCCUGAUCCACACUCUGGACAUGUCCACUUCUGACGGAAAAGGUCCACGUCAUACAAACAGGUCCACGUCAGAUGGACGUGACCAGUUCUAAAGAACUUUGAACAACAGCGGUGGACCCGCUGUCCUACGUUCUCCUGACUGGAGAUCAGGUAGCAAACAAAACAUCUGGUAUAAAUCAUUCUGUGGAUGUUGUGUCCAAAAUAAAAGGGAUGUUUGUUCAGGCCAGGACUGGACCUAUACCUGCAUCUGAUUCUGGUUCGGUGCUGCUUCCAGUGUUAUGUCUUUUGGUUUAGGUCACGUUUACACAUAGCUAGGUAUUUACAAAAACGGAUAUUUCCCCCUCUACGUUUUGAAAAAUACCAUCAUUUACACGAAUCCGCAUAAAUAUGCUGUUACGGUGCUAUGAACAGCCAAACCUACAGGGGGCAGUGUAACGAGAAGCAUAAAGUCAAUCGGAAUUCUGGAAAAAAAACGUGAACAAAUGACACGAGUAACUUCCAGUUACUUCCAAGAUGGAACGAGAGUCUUUCGUUUGGAGUGACAGAGAAGUGGAGUUACUUUUAAGUGUGACUUUAGAAUAUAAAACAGGUAAAAUACAAGAAAAUAUUGACUGUGGCCAUACAAAUUGUAAACACAGGUCGCACUCGUGACGCUGGUGACGUUUCUGUCGCAUAAUGUGACGUUCUGAAGCCUAAAUGUCUGUUUCUCUCCGUUUACAAGCAAACGUGAAGAUAGAGAUUUUGCAAAUCUCCACUUUGGCCGGAGGUUUCCGAAAUGAUCGUUUUUGGUGACUUUGAGCUUCGUUUUUGUGUAAACAAACGGCCAAAACGCAUGAAAACACCACUGUUUUUGCUACGUGGAAACAGGGCCUUAGAGAGGACUUCCUGAACCAAUCCUUCUGGAGCUGCAGGUAGAUCCAGGUUCUGGUGCUAAGAACAUGUCUCAAUGACGUGUGACCCCCUCAACGCACCAAACCACCAUCCUGAACCAGUGGUGCCUCAAGUCCAAGGAGGACCACGAAGACGUGAACAUUAAGGUGGAGGCUGCGUUGCUUUCGACCAGAUACCGGUCAGCUUUUAGGAUCCUGCAUCAUCAGAGAUCUGGAGCUCAGUUGGAACUCACUCGGACCUCAGUUGGAGCUUCCGUUGUCAUUUGUUCAUACUGAACAAAUGUGUCCACCUGUUUCCGUUUAAUAAGGGACUUCCAACAUAUUUGUUUUGUUCUGUUUUAUAUAUUGAUGUUUCAAUAAAUCAUUUUAGCUCCCCGUC